AUGAUUGCCCUUACAAUGGUUAAUAACAAAAAUGAAAAAAUUAUAAAACAGGCAGAGUUGAGCGCACAAGAGAAAUUGAAAGAAGUUAUAGUGAAUGCAUCACUAACGGCAUCGAAUUCACCAGAAAGGAAUGGAGAGGAAAUGGCAGCAUUUCUGAAUGGAAUUGAGGGUAUUUGGAGAGAUGAAUAUUAUAAUGAGUUGGAAAAAAUGAUAGAUCGCAUUGAUGAUCUAGUAGUGAAAUUUAUGGUUCUGAAAGAACUUAGGGAGCGUUUUGAAAAGGCAAAGCUAACAGUACCUGAUUGGAUUAAACAAAAAAUCGAUAACCCAUUUAAAGAAAUUGAACUUGUAAUAACAUGGAGUAAUGUAGAAGCAUUGGAGAAAGAGUUUAAUGAAUUCAAGCAGAAGAUGACUGAAAACCAGUUUGAAGGAAAAAAACUAUAUUCUAGAAUAAAAGAAAUUAUGCAACUUAUUAUAACACAUUUUUAUAAAAACAAGUCAUUUUUGACUGAACUGAGUAAUAGACUAAGUAAGCCAGAUCAAACGUUUACAAAAGAAACUAUAGCAAUUAUAUGGAGUAUCUAUGAAGUUAAUGAUAUUGUAAACUUGUUGCUAAAUAUAGAGGAUGAUAAAAGAACGAUGAUAUUAGGGCAACUAGGGAAUAUACACAGAACGGAUAUAUUGAUUUAUGUUAUCUAUUACUAUUACUAUAAAAUAAAAGAAAAAGAAAAAGAAAAAGAAAAAGAAAAAGAAAAAGAAAAGAAUGAUACAAAAAAGAUAUUUUAUGCGGUUGAAGAUGAUCCAAUUAAAGAGUUGUUGAAGGAUCGCUCUAUUAACAAAGAUGGUUGUGCUAUUGAUACAGAUGAAUGUAUUAAGUUGAUGAAAAUGCUGAAGGAAUCAUCUGUUGGACUUGAUAAGAUAGCAAGGAUGCUAGUUGGGAUAGAAAGUAAGGAUUCGACAUACAAUUUGAUUACUUUGAUGGGAAUUCAUACUGGAUAUGGUUAUGUAGGAGAUGUAUUGUUGAGUAUUAAAGAUAAGGAUAGAGAAAGUGGAAAGAAUGGAAAGAAUGGAAAUAGUAGAGAUGAUAAAGAUAUAGAGUUCAAAAAAAUGAUUUGUAAGAUUAAGGAGAGCGAUAUGAUCCUGAUUACAAAAAUACUUUUUGGAAUUAAGGAUGUAGAUAAGCUUAGGGAGUUUAUUUAUAGGAUGCCGAAAGAGAUUGAAGGACAGAAAGUAAUGAAGAAAUUGGAAGAGAUAAGUAUCGAUGAUGUGAAUGAUGAGUAUGGAAAUCCUUGGUGUAUUGGAUAUGAAAUGAUUGCAGGAUUGUGUGUAUUUUUUAAUCCGUAUGUUAUUGGGGAGAUGAUACCUGAUAUGAAUGAAGAUGAGAUAAUAACGGUGUUGAAUAAGAUAAAGAUGAUUAGCAUAGAAGAUUUGGAUAUGUUGGUGAGCUGUAUUUAUGAUAAGGUAAAUAAGAUGAAUGUAUUGUUGAAUAAUGUAAAGAAGAUGAAUGUAUUGUUGAAUAAGGUUAAUAUUGAUGAUAUGAUUAUUGAUGCGUUGAUGAGUAAAUCAAUUGAAGAGCAGAAAAAGAUACUAGGGAAUGUUAAGAAUGAACAGUUGCGUAAGAAGAUAAUUGAUGCAAUCAAAGAUAAAGAAGCAAAUAAGAAUGCAUAUGAAGAACAACAGAAAUUAUUGAAUAAAAAUAAACGAGAACAGAAGAUGAAUAUGAUAAAUGUAUCAAUAAUAACGACAGUAGUUGUUAUGAUGAUUGUUGAAGUAUUGAUGAGUGUGAUUAGUGUAAUAAGUGCAUUGAUGAAUGGGAAUAAAUGUAGUGAUUAA